UCUCUCAAAAACAAAGACAAAGACGCACAUAUAUGGAGCUCUUGGUAGUAGCGACUGUUCUUGCUCUGUUCUACGCCUUGUUCCUCCUCUGGAGGUUGGCUAAUCAAUGGAGAGGUCAGGACUGCUAUAUACUUCAUUAUGAGUGCUACAAGCCCACUGACGACAGAAAGCUGGACACCCAGUUAUGCGGCAACAUCAUCCAUCGCAACAAGACUCUUGGCCUGGAAGCUUACAAGUUUCUGUUGAAGGCCAUUGUCAGUUCCGGCUUCGGUGAAGAGACUUACGGGCCCAGAAAUGUCCUCCAAGGCCGAGAAGAAACCCCUACCCUUGCGGAUGGGAUGUUGGAGAUGGAGGAAUUCUUCUUCGACAGUCUGGACAAUCUCUUCUCCAAGACGGGAGUGUCUCCGUCGGAGAUCGACAUACUUGUCGUCAACGUAUCCAUGUUUGCUCCAGAGCCUUCUCUUGCAGCAAGGAUUAUUAACCACUACAAGCUGAGGGAGGACAUCAAGGUCUAUAACAUAUCAGGAAUGGGGUGCAGUGCUAGCCUCAUUUCCAUAAAUCUCGUACAGAGCAUCUUCAAAUCUCACAAGAAAGCUUUCGCGGUUGUUGUGACAUCGGAGUCUAUUGGCCCACACUGGUACAGCGGAAAUGACAAAUCCAUGAUUCUGGCCAAUUGUCUAUUCCGGUCGGGAGGUUGUUCAAUACUCUUAACCAACAAUCCCAAUCUAAGACACAGAGCCAUGUUUCGACUGAAGUGCCUCGUGAGGACGCAUACCGGUGCCAACGAUGAGGCCUAUGGGUGCGCAAUUCAGCAGGAAGAUGCCAUGGGGAGGCCGGGGUUUUACCUGAGCAAGAACCUCCCCAGGGCCGCUACUCGAGCCUUCGUAGAAAAUCUCAGAGUUAUAGCACCCAAGAUUCUACCCUCCAGGGAGUUACUACGUUACGUGAUAGUAUCACUAUCACGCUUCCUUCCAGGAUGCAAGAAGGACGGUAGCUCUAGCACCGGCGGCAAGGGUGCGGGAGUGAAAGUAGGCGUCAACUUCAAAACCGGAGUCGACCAUUUUUGUCUUCACACAGGCGGAAAGGCGGUUAUCGACGGGGUGGGGAGGAGUCUGGGGCUGACGGAGCAUGAUGUGGAGCCGGCGAGGAUGACAUUACAUCGAUUUGGUAACACGUCGGCGAGCAGCCUCUGGUAUGUUCUGGCAUAUAUGGAGGCGAAGAAGAGGCUGAGGGAAGGAGACAGAGUGCUGAUGAUAAGCUUUGGAGGAGGCUUCAAGUGCAAUAGUUGUUUAUGGGAGGUUGUUAGGGAUCUGGAGGGUGACAACGUGUGGAAGGAAUGCAUCGCCACUUACCCUCGAAAAACACUUGUCAAUCCGUUCAUGGACAAGUUCGGUUGGAUCAAUGACCAGACGGAGGAGACGUUUAGAAGCAACGAAAGCCUCCAUCUCCAGAUUCUCAAUUCCCAUAUUCAACCAGCUGCAGCUUAACAAUCAUUCAUUCUCUCUAUUUAGUAUACGAUAAGUGUGCCAUCAAUUAAUUCUUGUAGCUCCUCUUGUCUGUGUGAAGUGUGAACUGUGAAGCGAUAUAUAUAUAUAUAUAUAUAUAUAUUUAUAAUUUGGGAAGCGAUAAUCGAUGAUCAUAGUGGGAAUUUUAAACUUA